AUGGCCCGUGGCGACAGGAAAAAAUCAGAUCUUGACGACCUUUCAGACAUCCCUCAUGAGCGUACAGACGGCCCCCGACCAGACUUCUCCAAACCACUGCCCCGAGCGACACUUCCCAAGGAGCUCCAAGACACCAUAGAUAACGAGGAGUCAUGGUGGAACCUCUUCCAGCAAGGCAAAGGCGAGGACACUACCGAAACCUCCGUCCGCUACGCCGCCUACGCCCGAAACUUCCGCACUAUCCUUCUCUCUGCACACAGAUACGUGGCCUACACCAGUGAUAUAGGCGAGAGCUUCCGCCCCAUAGCACAUCCGCGACUGGUUACAGCGGCCUACGGUAUCUCAUGGGCGUAUUUGAUCGGUGACGUCGGCCACGAAGGCUACAAAGCGUACGUGCGGAACCAGCAAGCUCUACACCCAGCUGCAGACACGCCGCCCGACCUACCGGCUUCCGCAACGACCUCUCCAUCUCACGAGACAGCGCUCACCGGCCGCGUGGCGCCGAUUGACCACUGGGGAACCGUAAUGGCGCAACGAGCCGUCUUCCAAUCUGUAGCAUCGAUGGGCUUGCCCGCCUUCACCAUCCACAGUAUCGUACGGUACUCGGGACAGGCGCUGAAAGGUGUAAAGAAUACGCGGAUACGGACCUGGGGUCCUAUCGGACUUGGUCUGGCUGCUGUGCCUGCUUUGCCGUUUCUUUUCGACAAGCCCGUCGAAUAUGCCACCGAGUGGGCCUUUCACACGGCGUUUGAGACAAUUGGGGGCCCGGAAGCGGUCGGUCAUAGGUCGGCAGUGGAGACGACGGCCACGGGUACGGGGAAGAGGAAGGAAGGUAUCGCUAAGCCCAAGGAGAAGGAGCUGUAG